ACAUUUUGAAAAAGGGUAGGCGUUGUACUGACUACAUUCCAAUGGACCGUUCACUCUGCCUGCGGAGUUAGCAGCCCGUUAGAUUAUUGCCAACAAAUUAUGAAUUUGAUAUGAAAAAGUUUUUGCUUCUUAAAUGUGGUAUGUGUCCAUGUUUUCAAGUCGUGUAGCCCUAAUCAUUGAAACGGAUACCGCGGCGCCCCCCACUUGGCGCAUAAAAACGCCUAUUUCUUGCAUCUCGGAGAUAGUAACGUUAAACUCUAACGUUCUCUUAUAUGCCUAUGCUAUUCUGCUUGUGCUUCGGAUUGCCACAUUUGUUAACUACAUUGCUGGGAGGAACCCAGAGUCUCAACACAUCCACACUUUUAAAGGACAUGGAGAAAGGCAAAGCAUGGUGCUUUAGACUGAUCGCUGUUGUUCUGUUCUUCGUCUCCUACUACUGCUCCCAUGUCUUCCUCCAGAGCUAUGGAGGCAUCAGCAAGUCUCCUCCAACUCCGCGCAAGUCACUGUGCGGUGGCUGGCUAACGCAGAAGAAGUGGGAGAGCCUCAAUUUUAACAUUAGCAGACAAACACAGCUCUUCUUCAAAUUGGAUGAUUUCUUCUGGCGACAUAAUCAGUCCACUCUUGCAUUACCCUACGGUAUUAAAGGCAGUGAGUUGCUGCUGCUGAAGGUUUUAGCCAUUAUUGCCAAUUACAAAAUGCCAGCCAGCAUUGAUAGUCUAGACUGCAGAACGUGUGCAGUCAUAGGAAAUGGGUUUUCCAUUAAAAACAGCUCCUUGGGCGGCAUCAUCAAUGAGUACGACGUGGUGAUCCGGCUAAAUGACGCCCCCGUCAGAGGUUAUGAGGACGACGUGGGGAACAAGACCACUAUGCGUCUCUUCUACCCUGAGUCGGCCUCCUACAACCCCAGCAUGCACAAUGACCCUGCCACCCUCAUGGUCCUAGUGCCUUUCAAACAGCAGGACCUCAGCUGGCUCAAGGAGAUCCUGUAUGACGAGAAGAGGGUGAGGAAGGGUUUCUGGAAGCCCCCUCCACAGAUCUGGCUAGGCAGUACCAGUCGCAUCCGGGUGCUGGACCCUCACUUCCUGCAUGGGACGGCCAGCAGUCUGCUACAAAUCCCCCUUCACCCAAAGAGAAAACAGAAACCAGUACACCCCACCACAGGGGUCCUAGCCGUGUUUGUGGCACUCAACUACUGUGACGUGGUGCACAUAGCUGGGUUUGGAUAUCCAGCAUCCAAAAACCAGAAGCAUCCUAUACACUACUACGGAUAUGACACUAUGAAAUCCAUGAAGGAUUCCUACCAUGACCUUACCCACGAAGCAGAAGCCUUAAAAAAACUAGAGGAUUCAGGGGCUAUCAUGUACUUACACCCUCACUCCUGACACACAUGGGCACGGUCCAGAAACAGCCCCUAUCCCUUACCUCCUAGGAACUUCAUCAAAAUCUGAAAGGAAUUUUCACUGCACUGCUAAUACCUAUACAUUUUCCUUUAGAUCUACACACAAGCCUAGGUGGUAGAGGCUAGCGUGUGUUUUUGGACUGGGUUACACACUGAUGUCAGUUGUGAACUUGACUCCUCUCUGCUGACAAUAUGGCCCAUACAGUCCAAACAUCAUAAUCACACAUUUUGCCAGUCUUAAUUCACCUCACUCUUAUUGAAAAUAAAUACGUAUUUUCCGAAAGAAAAAAAAUAUUUAAAACAAAGUUCUGAUUUGUUCUGAUUUUGAUUUUUUUUUUAUUAACUUAAAAAAAAUUCUCUCUUAAAUGUUACCACUGGAUAUUUUAUUGUAUGUAAUACAUUUUUAUUAAAAUGAAAUCUAAAUGGAAA